AUGGACACGUGCGCCUGCGCUUUGGAGCUGCUGGGGAUGCUGGUCUACCUUGGAGCAUGGCUGUGCGCUUUAGCCACCACUAUCUUACCGCAGUGGCUGACCAUGUCCACUGCUCUGCUGCCGGUGGAGAGCUACGAGCUGGGCCUGUGGGAGACCUGCGUGGUCCAGGAUGUCGGCGGGAUGGAGUGCAGAGCUUAUGACAGCCUGCUGGGCCUUUCCAGUGACCUCAAACUGGCCCGCAUCCUCAUGUGUGCCUCCCUCACUGUGGGCAUGCUGGGAAUGUUGGUCUCUAUUCCUGGACUCCACCUGAUCAACAGCUGUAAAGAACGCGGAUCCUGCAGAACCAAGAGGACUUUAACCGUCAUGGGAGGCGUGCUGGGGAUGAUCUCUGGAGUUCUGUGUCUGAUCCCUGUGUCCUACAUGGCCCAUUUGGCCGUGAUACAUUUCUUUGAUGAUAAAGUGCCCGAUGUGGUGCCACGAUGGGAGUUUGGCGAUGCCCUGUUCUGCGGCUGGGCCGGAGGGUUUCUUCUCAUAGUGGCUGGGCUCCUCCUGGUCACCUCCUGCUCGUGUUCACAGGUGGAGCCUCAGCCCGUGCUGCAGCGCAGAUACCAGGUCAUGAAUACAGAUGUUUCCUACAAGAAGCGCACAGAGUACGUUUAAAGGACCAGUCAGAAAAUAAUCACCUGACAGCACGACACAAUCACCUGUAGAACUGCACUUCAAACUGCUUUAAAAUAAUGUAAAUAUCUGGUUUUGUAUCAGAGACCACAUCCUGUGUAAGGGUUGCUUUAUCGUUUGUGUUGAUCAAAUGUUUUGUAGAACAAAUCCUCUGUGAAUUUUAAAGUUAUUUUGAAUGACUCACCUGCCAACAUCACAUUUUAAAAGAACCUGCUGUGAUCAGUGAAAAUGAAUAUUUUUUUAAAGAAAUGUUUUUAAAAAUGCUUUAUAUUCUUUAUUCUGGGGGGUUUUCAGGAUCUUUCUCUCAUCAGUACAGACAAAGAAAACAUGCUUUGCUUUUAAAAUGCUGUGAUUGUAAAUUAUUCUUUAUCUUUAUUAAAAAAUAUAACAUAUGUAAUUGGUACAUUCUUACAGUUCAAACAGGACUGAAAAAAAGAAAUAAAAGUUAAACCAGGUUACUAGUUUUAUUACUUUAACACUGAUGUCUAUACUGUAGAUUUGUGUCAGAGGUAUCAAAUUAUUUUGCCAUUGAUUAUAAGUUAUUCUUAAUACUAAAACAUAGAAAAAGCAUACAUUAUUCUGUGCCUGGUUAUGUUUGCUUAUGGACAUGCACAUUCAGAUGAUUCACAUAAAGAUUUAUAUGGAAA